UUUCUGGAGCCCACACCAUGAACGUUGCGGGGCAUCUUCGAGUUUACAAGACUAAAUGCGGAGUUGCUUCUGUUAGUCGACCUGUUCAAGGAGGAUCCGAAGAUGAUUUUGGAUGUGUUAGAGAACAAAAGGCACGCGAUUUUCAAGAACUCCAUACGGUCAUUGGACGGUUUCUGGAAAUAUUACUUCUGUGCUACCCGUUUGCUCUGCUUGUGGUUUUUCCUAUGUACUAUCAUGUGCUACUGUCACGGGUCGAACCACAUGUUUCUUCGGCAAAUGUUCUGGAUAGUGAAAAUUAUCCUCAUCAUUUUGACAUGCUACCGGUCUCCUUCACCACUAAAGGAAUAAAUCUGCCGCAGUUCCAAGUGUUCAUCAAUUUCAGAGGAGACGAGCUGCGAAACACGUUUGUUGGUUUUCUCGUGAAGGCCAUGAGAUUGGAGAAGAUCAACGUGUUCACUGACGAAGUUGAGGUCAGAGGAACAACUCUAAAUUCUCUUUUCAGCAGGAUUGAGGCAUCAAAAGUCGCGGUAGCCAUCUUCUCCGACAGGUACACCGAAUCCAGCUGGUGCCUAGAUGAGCUUGUGAAGAUGAACGACCAGAUGCAACAAGGCAAACUCGUGGUUGUUCCAGUUUUUUACAAGUUGGACCCUUCUGCCUGCGCAAACCUAGAUGGAACUUUCGGUGACAAAUUCAGGAAAUUAGAGUGGGAAUAUCGGAGUGAGACUGAUAGAAUCAAGAAAUGGAAAGAAGCUUUAUCAUCCGUUUCCAAAAUCAUGGGUUUAAAGUUGGAUGCUGGAAGGUAAAUACUUGUAUGGAUGAUGUACAUAUGCAGCAAAUAGACCAUAUACAAAUCAAAAAGUUAUACUAUUAUUAUGAUAUAAAUUUGCAAAGAAG